CAGACUAUCUGGCUGGAGAGCAUGCCUCAGGGCGGACGCAAGAAGUCUGCUCUCACAAUGGCCGAGGGGACGUUUAUUGCUUCCAGCACGGGCAUCACCACCGUGACGGAUUUCCGGGUCUCAGAUCAGGCGGCCGGUCGACAGGGCGCCCCCCUUAUUGCGUUUUUUGACUCGCUCGUGCUUCACCACCCGACCAAGCUGAGGGCGUGUCAGAACAUUGGCGGCAUUGCCAACGUGUGCUUUGUGCCUCCAGAUUCCAACGGGCAGCUGAAUCAAGAGUUUUUUGAUUUCGACACGGGCCCGGGCAACGUCUUCAUCGACGCCGCGGUACGUUAUUUUACAAAUGGGGAGCGGGAGUACGAUCAGGAUGGCGAAAUGGGCAAGCAGGGCGAGGUGAAUCAGCAAAUGGUGGAUGAGUUCCUACAGACACAUUUCUACUUUGCUCUGGAUCCCCCCAAGACGACUGGCCGCGAGGUAUUCCGGGACACCAUUGCGCACGACUUGAUUGAGCGUGGAGUUGCAAACGGCAUGUCACCGAAUGACAUUGUGGCCACGAUUACGCGAAUCACGGCACAGGCCAUUGUCGAGCAUUACAAGCGAUAUAUGCCAACGCAGUACGGCCCGCUGGCCGAGGUGUACAUGUGCGGCGGCGGAGCCAAGAACCCAAACAUCCUAAACCAUCUAAAGGAGUCGUUUCCAGAGACGAGAUUCGUCAUGUUGGACGAGGCGGGUAUCCCGGCGGACGCCAAGGAGGCUAUUACGUUUGCGUGGCAAGGGAUGGAGGCCAUCGUCGGACGAAGCAUCCCUGUGCCGUCUCGGGUCGAGACAAGUCGUGGCUACGUGCUGGGCAAGAUCAGUCCCGGGCACAACUACAGGCGAGUGAUGAGGAAGGGCAUGGAUUUCGGAGCGGGUCACGAGGUUCUGGAGCCCGUCAGGGAGCUGGUCAACUAUGUUGGCGGAAAGAUGUACAACAAUAAAGGUUGAAAAAGAGGCGGUCUUGAUAAACCGGGCAACUUUAGGCGAUGUAACAACGGUGACAUCGUGGCAGAAAAGAUAAAAAUCGUUAUCUACUAGGUAUUCACUCAGCUGAAAUUGUUUUUUUUGGUGCCUUUGUUUUUCUCUUAGGUGCAGGAAUCACACACUUUUCUUCGACAUGGCGCCGCGGGAAGCGGGAAGCGGGAAAAAAAAGGGGGGCGAGGAGGAGGGGGGGGAAUGGCGAAGUUGUUCUCAUGACUAUAUUUUGAGGAGUUAAGAGGAUGGUUGGGGUGGGAUGGCGUUAUGCGCCCCGAAUACGCAAAGUCCAUGUUGCAAACGAUCUAUUCUAGGUGAUGUCCUCUUUUUUUUUUUUUAAACAUGGAUGUGGGUGGACUUUUGGAUAGGUAUAAGGCGUUUUCAUACGUUUUGAAAAUACCACCGGUUAUCACUACUGGAGCUAGUUAUUAAGAAGCUUGCGGAUCGUUAUAUAGCGUGCUGCAAAAUUCGUCAG